AGCGCAAACCCUUACCACCUCUCAAAGACAAUCUAUGAGGAGUUGGGGUUUCGUGUGAACGAGCAAUGGCGUCCUCCUACUUCUGACCGAUCCCCAAGUAACGAAAAAAUGUACAUAUGCGACUCGUGCGACUACCAACACGACCAGCCUUCCCGCAUGCGAAAACAUCUGAUAACACACUCUACUGUGAAGUACCAGUGCGAUAAGUGCCCUGUGAGAUUGAAACGUAAAUCGUAUUUGCGACAGCACAACAGAAACGUGCAUAAGGACCCCGAAACUGCCAACACUUUCGCUUGUGAAUUGUGCGUUUUCAGAACGCACCGAAUGACUGCACUACGAAGACACAUGGUUGUCCACUGCGGGUUCGCUAGACAAAAGAAAGCAAAAUUCGAAUUGUACAAGUGCGAGCUUUGCGAUUUCAAAUCGAAGAGAAGACUCGCUGUCCAAGAACACGUAAAUAUCCAUAGACCACCAUCCGAAAGGGAUGUUUACAAAUGCGAAUUGUGCCCUUACACUUCCAAAUUCAAAAAAGGCGUUUCUAGUCACAUGACUGUGCACAAGAAGCCUUCGGAAAUCACCAUGUACGAAUGCGAGGUUUGUCCUUACAAGUCAAAAUGGCCGCACUGUUUGCGCAACCAUCUCAAAACACACAAGAAGGAAGAAGUUCCUGUUCACAAGUGUGAACAUUGCGAUUUCAAAGCGAACAACAAAUACAGCGUUACUACCCAUCAGAAAUCUACUCACAAGGAGCUUUUUGAGAAACCAAAGAAGGAAUACAAAUGCGAUCUAUGCGAAUACACGGGGAAAUGCACUAGCGAUGUUACUAGACACAAAAUCGUUCACAAGAGAACGUCGAAGGAGGAACUGUUCAUUUGUGCUAUAUGCGGCACACAGUUGAAAAGGAAGAAAACUUUGCAAUAUCAUAUCCUUACUAAGCACGGUUUUUUAGAAAAAAAUAUGGGGUCAACUUAG